AUGCCUAUCUCGAAUGAACUGAAAUAUGCAGGCUUCAUCUUUGAUGCAUAUGGAAUUGAUGUUCAAAUAUCCCUUUAUGUGGACCAUAUUGGUCAUGUAAUAGAUGAUACGUUUGAGUCAGAAGGAGGAGAUGAUGACCAUGAUUCUUAUAUUAGUGGUCGGGAUGAUGACAUAGGUACCCUUAAGGAUGUGAUCGUGGAUUUUAAUGAGGAAAUAGUUACUAUGAAUAGGACAUGUAAUGAUGAAUUCUUGACUAAAUUGUGCCCAACAAGAGGGGGGUAG